AUGAGUUCGAGUGUGUGCUACAAAUGCAACCGGACAGGGCAUUUCGCCCGCGAGUGCACCCAGGGCGGCGUGCAGGCGCGCGACUCUGGCUUCAACCGCCAGCGUGAAAAGUGCUUCAAGUGCAACCGUGCUGGGCAUUUUGCUCGUGACUGCAAGGAGGAAGCUGACCGUUGCUACAGGUGUAACGGCACGGGACACAUAGCGCGUGAGUGCGCACAAAGUCCGGAUGAGCCGUCCUGCUACAACUGCAACAAGACCGGGCACAUCGCUCGGAACUGCCCAGAGGGUGGGCGCGACAGCUCCAAUCAAACGUGCUACAACUGCAACAAGUCCGGCCACAUCUCACGCAACUGCCCCGACGGCACGAAGACUUGCUAUGUGUGCGGCAAGCCCGGACACAUCUCCCGCGACUGCGACGAGGAGCGGAACUAA